AUGACUACUAUGAUUUUACCUAUCAAUAAUAAUAUGAACGCACAAUAUCAAGAAGUAUAUGAAACAGCUGAUAUUCUAGUGGGUGGGAUUCAAACAUUGAAUGAAGAUACACAACGUCUUAGUUAUGAGUCAGUGAAAAUACAAAAUUCAAUCGAUGCCUUAACUGGAGACAUCCCUAUACUCAAAUUAAGUAUUCAAGAACAAAAUAUUUUCUUGGAUGGACUUAAAAUUAAUCAAGAUAUUCUUCAACAAGAUGUUUUGUCAUUAAAACAAAAACUAGAGGACAUGCAAUUUAUUUCAUAUGAUGGAACACUAACAUGGAAAAUAACAAAGUUCAAAGAAAAGAUGAGUAAGAUUGAUAUUGAUUUAUGA